AUGGCCUCGCCGGCACCGCUCCUGAGACCGCCAAUUCCUGGUAGCAGGAACACGAGUGCAUCACGCACCCCCAAACUCGGUCUGGCUAUUCCACCAUCGCCAAAUGCCAGACCUUUGAAUCCGGCCAACAAUUCACAUGCUGUACCCCCUCUACAAAUACCACCUCGCCAGGGCCCUCCAAAAUUGAGCCUGGCUACCCCAAUGGGAAGUCAUGGAGUUCCCCAAGAGACGACCAGGAAUGCUGCUAGAGGGAAACUGCCCCCACUACAAGUCACUGGACUCUCGACCGCUCAAGGUGCUGGAAGUAGUGACGACAGUGCUCGUUCAAGAUCCAACAGCAACGGCGCGAGCAACAAUUACUCGACCUCUACCACCGCAUCUUCAUACUCGGCCUCUCUUGCCGGCUUGAUCGGUGGCCAAUCUAAUUCACAAGAUCCUCUUUCUGCCGCUGGCUCAUUAUACUCGUCAUCGUCCGCUGGCGGACUUGGUGGCACACACAUGGAACGAGAUGGCAGUAUGCAGGGUGCAAUAUUGCCAGACUUGGAGAAGCUGAGUUUGGAAAAAGGAAGACCGCUAGAUGUUGAAGAUUUGGACGAUGCUGGUUGGAAAGUUGCUGCUAAGGAGAGCAGAAUUGUGGAACUUGGAAGCCUGGGAGAAGGAGCAGGAGGUGCCGUCAAUAGAUGUAUACUCAAGGGCGGAAAGACGGUCUUCGCGUUGAAGAUCAUCACAACAGAUCCCAACCCAGACGUCAAGAAGCAGAUUGUACGUGAGCUGUCGUUCAACAAGAACUGCGCCUCUUCGCACAUCUGCCGUUACUACGGCGCCUUCAUCGAUGAAACCCACGGUACGAUCGGUAUCAGCAUGGAGUACUGCGAGGGCGGUUCUCUAGACUCGGUAUAUCGCGAGGUCAAGAAGUUGGGCGGUCGUACAGGUGAAAAGGUCUUGGGCAAAGUGGCCGAGGGUGUGCUCAACGGUCUCACCUACCUGCACAGUCACCGCAUCAUCCACCGCGAUAUCAAGCCCUCUAACAUCUUGCUCACCCGAGCUGGAGAGGUGAAGCUUUGCGAUUUUGGUGUCUCUGGCGAGUUCGGCACUAAAGGUGACGCCAACACAUUUAUCGGAACAUCAUACUACAUGGCACCGGAGCGUAUUACUGGUCAGAGCUACACCAUCACUUCCGAUGUGUGGAGUCUGGGUGUUACACUGCUCGAGGUGGCGCAACACAGAUUCCCCUUCCCGGCUGACGGAACGGAAAUGCAACCCAGGGCUGGGCUUAUUGACCUCUUAACAUACAUUGUCUCACAGCCCAUUCCCAAGCUGAAGGAUGAAAUAGGCACCCCUGACGGACAGGAUAUUCGAUGGAGUGAGAACUUCAAGUACUUCAUCGAGUGCAGUCUUGAAAAGGAACCCAACAGACGAGCCACACCCUGGCGGAUGCUGGAACAUCCAUGGAUGUUGGAAAUCAAAUCCAAAAGAGUCAACAUGGCCUCCUUCCUCAAGAGAGUGUGGGACUGGUCAGACUAA